CAACGAUUUAACACGUCAGUCCAACAGUGUCGCAAGAAGGUCUGCGUCGCAGGUGAUAAUGGAGCCCCAAGAGGCGGCGACCGCCUCCGCCCUCCUCCCGCGGCCGGUCCACCCAACCACCUUUGCGGCUUCUACGGCUGUCCGCCAGGCGGCCGUCCACCAUCUCGAGGAGCGGCGAACCAACUGGGCCUACUCCCGGCCGGUGGUGGUUCUCGACGUCGCUCUGAACAUGGCCUUCGCGGCCUCCGCCGCCGCCGUGCUCUGCGCCACCGCCCACGAGCGUCCCGUCACACCGGUCCGGCUGUGGAUCUCCGUGUACGCGCUCCAGUGCCUGGCGCAUGUGGGGUUGGUCUGGCAGGAGUAUCGCCGGCGUCGGCGGAGCGGCGGAGAGCGAGGGUUAGAGGAAGGGGGAAGUGGCGGGGAGCGGGUGUUAGAGGAUUCGGAAUACACGGACAGCGAGGAUGAAGUAGCCCGUGUCGGCGCGGCGGAUGGUCACCGUUACAGAGAAUCCAGUGAAGAAGUGCAAGAGGCUAUCAUCCACGCAAGCAUUUUCAAAGGAUGUGAAUCCAUCAAUAGAAUGGCUUCCUUCAUUUGGUGGGUUUUUGGCUUUUGUUGGGCGUUUUCUGGCAGUGAAGCUCUUUUACAUGAUGCUCCUACUCUUUACUGGUUGACUGUGGUUUUCCUGAUAUUUGAUGCACUCUUUGCUGUAUUCUGCAUUUCUUUCGCAUGCAUCAUUGGAAUUGCACUCUGCUGCUGCCUGCCUUGUGUUAUGACAAUUCUUUGUUCUGUUAUAGGUCAGGAAAGUGCUACCGAUGCAGACAUCAGUAUGCUUUCCAGAUACAGAUAUUCUGAGUUUCACCGUGAUGGACAAAAGUUAAUAAAGGAAGGAUUAAUGGUUCCAGAUUUAAAUCACAGGGGAUUUACCUCUGAUGAGCGUGUUCUUCCAAAGGAGGAUGCAGGCUGUUGUAUUUGCUUAACUUCUUAUGAAGAUGGAAAUUCUUUACUUUCUCUUCCCUGCAAUCAUCAUUUCCACUCUUCCUGCAUCGUCAAAUGGCUUCGGAUAAAUGCAACCUGCCCCCUUUGCAAGUAUCACAUACUCAAUGGUUGAGAUGUUGAACUCAAUACCAGACCCAUUGGUUCGGCUCCUAGUAAAAACCACUGCUGUAAUUUGUAUUUCUGAAUUAGACUGUACAGAGAUGUUAAAAAUGUACAUACAUCUGCGAUGUAUUAUUAUAUGAUUUUGUUUGUAGAUUGAGAACAAAA